AUGGUUGUGAUAAAGUCUUCGGUCGUCGCUUUGAAUGAUAUCUCCGAUUUAAUUACAUGCUCGGAACAAUGUUGGACACAACGAAAAACAAUCAAACAUCAAAAUAUUUCUGACACGCAAAUUGGUGGAAGAAACCAGAUUGAGAUGUAUGGUUCUGAUUAUACCGCUUACCUAGAUCCUAGUGACAACAGAUCUUUUGCUACCGGAAUUAACCGGCCUGUAACUGAAUUCUGCAUUGUCUAUAUUCGAGGUAGUCCCGGCACCCCAAAUUACCAAAUUACUCGAGGAAGACAACGAAUUCCCUGA